AUGAAGAAGAUUUGCUUAAAAAGUACAAAUCAGAAAUAUACUGUCAGUCAUUUCACAUUAUUCAAUUGAUUUUCUUCUCUCUGUUGACUCUUUCAAACGCUUCCCCAACUAAUGACUGAAGCCGCCGCCGUCUCAUCUAUCCCCGGCGAAUUCCGGGAUGACUCCUUACCGGCGGAUCCACUGUUACAGUCCGGAACCUACAUCGACGCUGAGUCGAAUGUUAACGUAGAAACCACCAAACCGAACAAAGGCGCUCUGCCAGAUGAAGGAAAUGUGCCCGAUCUAACUCCGGCGACUACUCUGGAGAUGCAGAAUACGGCGUCGGUGGCUGAAACGGCUACGCCGGUGCGUCAGGGGAGUAGAUCGGCGGAGGUGAAUGUUGAGAGGCCGAGCUGGUUGCCGUUGGACUGGAGAUUUGAAGCGAGAGUUCGGACCAAUGGCGCGACUGCUGGAACUGUUGAUAGAUACUAUUAUGAACCAGCCUCCGGGACUAAAUUCCGGUCAAAGACUGAGGUGCUUUAUUUCCUGGAAACGGGUGGCAAGCGCAAGAAGGCAAUUACUGGCAGUGGCACCGAUGCUACACCAUCUGAGACCCCCCCAAGCAAAAAACCGAAGAAGAGUGGCUCGAAAACAAAGAAGGUUACUUCUUUCUACUUUGAUUCUGGGAAUCCGCCACAGAGCGUGUGCUGGGUUCAGACGGAUACUUCUGCAGAUACUUGGACACCUUCAUGUAAUGGCAGCAUGGUUCCUGGAACCCGGAAACAAGAAUGGGAUGCUGUCUUUUCAAAUGUAUCCAAGCUGAAGCGAAGGAACACACAAACAGGGAGAUAGGCGGCUGUAAUGUGCACUAUACACUAACAGUCAUCGAACCUUUCUCUGCAUCUAUCUAGACUAGAUAGUGUGUCAAAUGCCAUCUGAAUUAGCCUUACUUUUUUUUGGUUUUAGCAGAGGGAUCUCAUAGCUGUUGAUAACUUCUUGUUUUGGCAAAGGUGUAGGCACAAGUUACUUCACCUUAACUCUGUUCAUGAUGUAAUAGUAUGGUCUGUCUUGGUACCACUGAA